GUCACCGAAGCUCCCGGCUCGCUCGGCUCGUCGCCGCGGCAGCCACAGCCCCGCUCCCACCCCCUCGCCUGCCUCCACCCUCCUUCCCUUUCUCUCGCUCGCUCGGCGAGAGCAUUGUGCCUCCUUUCCCAGAUGGCAGCCGGCAGCGCCAUGCAGCCUCCCGUUCCUCCUCCUCCUCUCCCUCCUCUCCGGCUCUAAGUUAAUGCCAUGCUGCCGCUGCUCUUCCCGGCGCUGCUGGCCGCCUGCCUGCCGUCCUGCCAGGGCUGGAGCCCCUCGGCGGCUGCCAGCGGGCAGGAGGAGCAGGAGCAGGAGCUCUUCUUGCCCCCUGCCAACUCCUCCUCCCGCUCCUUGGCCAGCCUCGAGAUGGACCUCGACGGGGCAGCGAGCAAGGAGGAAGGCAGCACCGACAGCCCGGGCACGCCGGCUGCCCCUAGCCAAGAGCCUUUUCCUUCCGCUCCCACCACCUCCGGGCAGCAGGAGCAGCAGCAGGGGCAGCAGCAGCAGGAGCAGCAGCAGCAGCCUCCCCAGCCGCAGGGGCAGCCGCAGCCCGCCGAGGACCCGCACUGCAACAUCAGCGUGCAGCGGCAGAUGCUGAGCUCGCUGCUGGUGCGCUGGAGCCGCCCGCUGGGCAUCCAGUGCGACCUCCUGCUCUUCUCCACCAACAGCCACGGGCGGGCCUUCUUCUCCGCCGCCUUCCACCGCGUGGGGCCGCCGCUGCUCAUCGAGCACCUGGGGYUGGCGGCCGGCGGUGCCCAGCAGGACUUGCGCCUCUGCGUGGGCUGCAGCUGGGUGCGGGGCAGGCGGGUCGGGCGCUUGCGGGGCGCUGCUCCCCAGCCCCAGCCGCAGCCCCAACCCCAACCCCAACCCCCUGCCGCCGCUGCCGCCGCGGCCGCCGCCUCCUCCUCCUCCUCGCUUUCCUACCCGCCGGCGGCAGAGCCCGGCCAGUACUGGCUGCAAGGGGAGCCGCUCAAUUUUUGCUGCCUGGAUUUCAGCCUGGAGGAGCUGAAGGGCGAGCCGGGCUGGCGGAUGAACCGCAAGCCCAUCGAGUCCACCUUGGUGGCGUGUUUCAUGACUCUGGUCAUCAUCGUGUGGAGCGUGGCCGCCCUCAUCUGGCCCGUGCCCAUCAUCGCCGGAUUCCUGCCCAACGGCAUGGAGCAGCGCCGCGGCACCGCCGCCGGCACCGCCACCACCGCCGCCGCCAAGUAGCCUCUCCCGGUGACCCCCCUUCUCUUCGUCUUGUGCUGUGGAGGGACGCGGGACGGACUCUGUCGUGUUUUUCUYGUUUGCAGCGUGCCACAGGUGCGCGGCGGGACGUGGGGCCGCCUCAGCGCCCGGCCCGGCCCCGAGGGCAGUGGCCCCGCGGGGACCAUAUCAUAUGUGCGCGUUUUAUAUCUUUAAUACCCGUUUUAAAUGAACCUUUUAGUAAAAAAAAAACCAAAACAAAACAAAAACAAACAAAAACACCACGAAAAAAACCAGGCAAGAAUAAGCCCCCCUAAAAAUUUAACGGAGGAAAUCAAAGACCCUCCUAUUUGGCUGCAUUUGUUGUCGGAGUAGCGUUUUUGUAUAGGAUGUAGUUUGAACGGGUUUCUCCCUUAUGAACAGAAAGGGAUGUCUGUCUUAGACAGAAUGGAGAACUGAAGUGGUAUAUAUGUUGUUAUUGCUGAAGCUGAACUUUAAUGAACCUUUAACACUGUAUUUCCUGGUUGAGAUAGUGUGUAUUUAUUAUUGUAGCUGCGCAUUAUUUGGCUUYUAAUACAGAGGUUUUCUUUCUGGA